AUGGGGAAGAAAGCAAAUUUCAAGGGUUGCCAUACGACGAUGAAGUCCCUUAUACCCCGAGUUCUACGCACCCGGGUUACACAGAGACAGAAAGUCGAGGAGGACCUACUAGUUCGCAUUCAAGCUCUGUUCAUGGACGAACGACGAUGCAAAAAGCUACUGGAAAGUAAAGGAAAAGAGGCACAGAAAUGGUUGGACCUGUUACAAACACUUUCAGAUUUCCCGGGCAUUUCUUCGACUUUGCGAUCUUCGAUCUUCAAGAUGCUGCUUCAUCUUUCCAAACGUUCAGGAUUAUGUCCUCAGUGUCUAACGAUCAACAACGUUAAGAAAUUGGGCGAACAUCCUGUUGGAGGAGGAGGAUUUGGAGACGUGUGGAAAGGGAUGAUUGGGGAACAAGUCGUGUGUUUGAAAGUCGUUAAGGUGUAUCUUGCGUCAGACGUGCAGCAACUACUCCAGGAGUUUAUGAGAGAAGCCAUAGUCUGGAAACAGCUCAAGCAUCCGAAUCUAUUACCGUUCAUGGGGAUGUACUACCUGAACAAAACACGUGGACAGUUAUGCUUGGUCUCGCCGUGGAUGGAAAGAGGCAACCUCGUACAGUUCUUGAAGGAGACACCAACAAAUCUGGUAGACCAUCGUGCACUCGCACGCGACAUUGCAGCUGGCCUGUAUUAUCUCCAUGCAAUGAAGAUUGUUCAUGGAGAUUUGAAAGGUGUCAACGUCCUGAUCACCCCAGAAGGAAGAGCAUGCAUAGGCGACUUUGGGCUAUCCUAUGUCGUAGAUUCAAACGCUCUGAGGCUAUCAUCUUCCAUCUCAGGUCGCUCAAAAGGCACGCUAAGAUGGCUCGCGCCAGAGCUCUUAAUGUCGGAGCAGUCUAGUGUACCAUCAACGAAAAGUGAUAUGUACGCGUUUGGUUGUGUGUGCUAUGAGAUCUUCGUAGGGCGUAUCCCGUUCCAUGGUUUAACGGACGGGCAGGCUCUUCUUGCCGUCGCGGUGGAUAAAAAGCAACCUCCACGUCCAGAUCCCCUUGAGUCGCCUGAACUGGGGGACUCAAUCUGGGAAAUGAUGGUAUCCUGCUGGGACACAGACCCGUCACUUCGAGCAACUGCCAUGGAUGUACUGGCACAUUUAGGUGGCAUGAAAAGUUCGAAAACGGGUCGUACUAUAGAUCCUGCCCCAGAAUGGAACUAUUCUGCCAAUUUCGAUCUAUGGAACAAUGUCAAGCAACUUCCGCUCGACCUCGAAGCUCUUGUUCAGCUGAAAGACAUUUUGAAUGAUCCAUUGGAAGAGCCGGCGGUAAUCAAUACCAUUGGCAUCCUUGAAGUAUCGUCUGUUCCGUUAUUGAACGUGUCCUCGUUACCCGGUCCCUUGGACAAUAUGGGCUCUGAGCUAUCGAAGGCUCAACCUAUUUCAGAUGCCAUACAAACACCACAAACUUCCUUGCUACAUAAGGUUGUACAUGAGAUUCUGGUGUCAGAGCGGAAGUAUAUACAAGGUCUAGAAGUCAUGCAGAUCUUUUCAGCUGCUGUACUAAGAAGCGAUGUCCUCCCCACCAAUAACAUGCUACAUCGACUCCUUUCCUCAGUAGAAUGGUUACUCUCCAAACAGCGUGAAUUUCUUAUUCGCCUCGAGGCUGCUGCUGGAAACGAUAUGUGGGAUGUACAACGCUUGGGACAAGAAUUUGUAAAAGCUAAAGACGAGCUCCUGGCAGUGUAUAUUUCGUAUGCUAGUCGCUUUCCGGCCGCCUCCCACUGCAUUGAUUCAAGUGAGUCGAGUCUUUCUGUGUUCAACCACAUCCUUGAUACCAGAGUUGAAUUACAUUGGUUGCUUACGCGGCCUGUUUCGAGGGUUCGCAAUUAUCCUCUCCUACUUGAAUCUCUCGUCAAGGCCUCCGCUUCGAACGAACAUUCUGAGCAAGAUCUCGAUGCACUGAAUGCGGGCGCCGAAGCUACGAAAAUGAUCGCUGACAGAGUCAAUGCGGUGGUCCUUGACGCUCAAAACGCGAUUGAAGCGGAAAAUCUCCAAGUACGAGUUGAAGAUUGGAAGGGAAACAACUUUGAAAGUUUUGGAAAACUCAUAUUAUUGGACGAUUUCCUCGUUACCCAGAAGGGUUCCAAUUCUGGGAAAGAAUACCGCGUCUUUCUGUUCGAGAGGGUUAUCCUUUUCUUUACGCAAAUUCGAAAUGGGGAAGAGGUUUGGGGUGGAACGUUUCAGGAUUUUUGGAGAAGGAGAAAUAUGCUUUUACUCCAAGGCCAGGUCUACGUUCACAGUAUAACUAAAGUCGAGACAAAGAGGUCCUUCUCAGCUAGUGCGACACACUAUCCGCUAACUGUUUGGUGGAGAGCAUCGGAGGGUGCUCCUGAUUAUUUCGUCCUUCGGGCUCGCCGAGAGCACCAGAUGCGAAAAUGGGGAGGUGCGAUUAGUGCUGCCGCGAAUCAAACCCGACUUGGUUGA